UCCUUGCUGCACCCGGUGACACACCACGACAGCCCGGCGGAGACCCCCUUCAGGGCCCAAGAUGUCCCCUGGGGCCUCCUGGGUGGCCCUGCUCAUGCUGUCCCUGCUGGUGUGUCCCACACAACAGAAGCCGCUGAAGAGUUGGGACCAGGCAUCCCCGGGGGGAAACGCCGGCAGCAUCCUGGGGCUGUCUGGAGGUGGAGAGGAGGGCUUCUUUGACUUGAAGAUGUUCCUGGAGAACAUGAAGGUGGAUUUUCUGCACAGCCUUAACCUCAGCGGCAUUCCCUCCCAGGGCAAAACCAGAGUGGAGACACCCCAGUACAUGAUUGACCUGUACAACAGGUACACUAGCGACAAGUCGUCCACUCCUGCCUCCAACAUCGUUCGGAGCUUCAGUGUGGAAGACGCCAUAUCAACAGCCGCCACAGAGGACUUCCCCUUCCAGAAACACAUCCUGAUCUUCAACAUCUCCAUCCCUAGACACGAGCAGAUCACCAGGGCUGAGCUCCGUCUCUAUGUCUCCUGUCAAAACCGUGUGGGCUCCACUCAUGUGCUGGAAGGAAACAUGGUUGUUUACGAUGUUCUGGAUGGGGAUGACACUUGGAAUGGCGCCUCAGGGACCAAGACCUUCUUGGUAUCCCAGGACAUUCGGUAUGAAGGCUGGGAGACCUUGGAAGUUUCGAGUGCUGUGAAGCGAUGGGUCAGGGCAGGCUCCACCACAAACAAAAACAAGCUGGAAGUAACCGUGGAGAGCCACAGGAAGGGCUGCGACACGCUGGACAUCAGUGUCCCACCAGGCUCCAAAAACCUACCCUUCUUUGUCGUCUUCUCCAAUGACCGCAGUAAUGGGACCAAGGAGACCAGACUGGAGCUGAAGGAGAUGAUCGGCCACGAGCAGGAAACCGCGCUGGUGAAGACAUCCAAAAGCGGCUACCAGGAGGCCGGUGAGAGCCAUGACGAGGAGGAAGUGGGUGAGCACACCGCGGCGGGACCAUUUUUAGCCAGAAGGAAGAGGAGCACCGGGACCAGCAGCCACUGCCAGCGGAUGUCCCUCAGGGUGAACUUCGAGGACAUUGGCUGGGACAGCUGGAUCAUUGCACCCAAGGAAUAUGACGCCUACGAGUGUAAAGGAGGCUGCUUCUUCCCCCUGGCUGACGACGUGACGCCCACAAAACACGCCAUUGUGCAGACGCUGGCGCAUCUCAAGUUCCCCACGAAGGUGGGCAAAGCCUGCUGUGUUCCCACCAAACUGAGCCCCAUCUCCAUCCUCUACAAGGAUGACAUGGGGGUGCCAACCCUCAAGUACCACUAUGAGGGCAUGAGUGUGGCAGAGUGUGGGUGCAGGUAGUCCCCGCACCCCCGGGGCUGGGGGUGGAGGGCAGGGAAGAGGUGCUGAUAGGGUCCUGCCACCCCCGCCCGUUGAUCUGAAACCACCCUGGAGAAAGAAAAGAACCACUUGUCCUCCUUGUCCCCAGCGGGUUCCUCUGCUGAAGUGACAAUGACUGUGUCAUACGGGUCUGCGAGCAGAGCAGGAGCCCCUGGAAG